GUUCACUCCAUUUCUUUUUAUGUUAGCUGCUAAUGCCAAAUGAAUUGACAGGCCGGCAGAGUUGCAAAUUGGUGGAGACGUACGGAGUGACUAGUCCGUCCAAUGGUGAGCAGACCGUGCGCUACUCCUUCUGGAGAUAUAUUCGAAUUUCUGAAUUACAUUUGGCAACAAUGGAGCAUCCAAGCCAUUGUUCUGGGCAGUCUAGCCUUCCAGAUUGUGCUCAUUUUUUCAGCUCCUACAAGAAUACGCACCAAGAACAGCUCUCGUAUCGUUACUCUCUGGAGUGUGUAUCUCCUAGCUGACUAUAUCGCUACAUUUGGCAUAGCCCUCAUCAACAAUGACAGCAAAAUUGAUGAAUCCUCCACUUCCUGCGGUGCAUUUAAAGACGACAACGCCAUUGCGGCUCUCUGGGCUCCGUUCCUCUUGCUCCACUUGGGCGGGCCAGACACCAUCACCGCUUUCGCUAUCGAGGACAACGAGCUAUGGACACGCCAUUUGGUAACCAUGAUUGCACAGGUUCUGGCGGUUCUACUGGUUUUUUACCGAUACGGCAUUCUGGAGAAUAAUAGGUUUUUAAUCCCAACAGCGCUCAUCUUUAUAGCCGGGGUAAUCAAGUGUGGUGAACGGAUCCGUUCCUUGAGUCUGGCGUCUCAGGACAGUUUGAAGAAGUCAAUGCGCGAACCUCCCGAUGCCGGACCUGACUAUCAUCAGCUAAUGGAGGAGAUGGCAUCUAAGCAGGCGGCCAGUCUUCCCGUCACUAUCGAUAUUAACCGUGAGAAAGGAGCCAAAGCUGAUGAUGUGGACGAUGUUGUUGAUAUAACACAGAAAUAUAAGGAGCUGGAAGAGCUUGAAGUUAUAAAGCAUGGGUACAAGUUCUUCAGGAUCUUCAAAGGCCUCAUUGUUGAUCACAUGUUUAGCUUCCUGGAACGCGACGACAGUAGGAGAUUCUACAGAUCAUUAGAGUAUAAUGAUGCUUUUAGAGUGAUGGAAAUGGAGCUCAACUUCAUCUACGAUGCCAUGUUCACCAAGCUGAGUGCUGUCCAAUGCAUCUUAGGCUACAUUUUCCGUUUUAUUAGCACUGCUCUACUUAUAGCUGCAACCCUCAUAUUCUCCCGCCAAUCGCAUCACCAUAUACAUCUGAGCGACAUCAUGGUCACCUAUUUCUUGCUUGGCGGUGGUGUUGCCUUAGAUUUGAUUGCGAUAUUGGAGCUCAUCUUUUCUAAGUGGACCAUAGCGGCUCUACUUGUGGGUUCAGAGAAGAGUGUUACUGCAAGCGCCUCCGCCCCGAACUGGAGGAAAACGGUAGCCGAAGUGAUUAAAACAGUGAAGGGAAUCAUUCCGACCAAGCGUUGGUCGGAGGAAAUGCAUCAAUAUAGCUUCAUCAAUCACAGCUUACACACACGAAAGUGGCCAAAUUGGGUUUCCUAUAUCAUCGACAAGUUUGGGCUGACCGAGGCGGUUUGUUCUUGUCUAUAUGGUAAAACUCAACAAGUUGAGGAAAAAAUGAAAUACCUGAUUUUCAAUGAGAUCAAGAAAAAGGGUAUGCAGGCAAUCAACACAAGUUUUGGUAGGGAGAUUGCUUCGUCUAAAGGAGAAUGGACACUCCUUGACUAUAGCAAUUGCGACCCAUAUAUUCAUUUCAGCGUUAGCCAAGAUGUGGACUACGAUGAGUGUGUGCUAAUGUGGCAUAUUGCUACUGAGAUAUUUUAUUUCAGUAGUUCCAGAGCAACUUCUAGUAGUGAUGAUUAUGGUUGUAAUGCAGAUAUAUGUAGACAUAUCUCAGAAUAUCUGUUGUAUCUUUUGGUGAUGGAGCGUAAAAUGAUUACUGUGGAUAACAAAUUCAGAGACACCUUCGAGGAAGCCAAUAAGUUCUUCAACAGAGGAAAGCAGAAAAAAGCUGCAUUGGGGAGCUACUUCUCCGCCUGUGAAACAUUCUUCAAAAAUGUCAAGGACUCAUGCGGCUUGUACUUGUAUUCCAUGGUGUUAUCCACAUGGGAAGAUAUCAAGUACGUGUUUACCCUCGAAUGCUUCACAACAGAGGGGAGAGAGAGGAAGCCAACCAUGUGGGAAGAACACCAGUACAUAUUGGAAGACGAGAAAAGAAAAAAAACCUGUAACAAGCUAAAAGUAGUGAGACGACCACAAGUGAUGCCGUCGGAAGUGAAGGGAGAUCGAAGUAAGUCGGUGUUGUUUCAUGCGUGUAUACUUGCAGGUCAUCUGGAGAAGCUGUGCCGUCCAUCCCCAGAAGAUAUGUGUCCCUACACUGAAAAUGAAGUGUGGGAAAUGAUGAGUAAAGUGUGGGUAGAGUUGUUGUCAUAUGGAGCAUGCCAUUGCAGAGGAGACACUCAUGCUCAAUCCCUAACCAAAGGUGGAGAGCUGCGCACAUUUGUUUGGCUUUUGAUGGCGCAUUUUGGACUGGGAGAGCAGUUCAGAAACGACCUCGGACCCUCCCGUGUAAAGUUGAUUGUGGGAAAGGAGUUCAACUAAUCACACGUACACCUACUCAUUCCAUUGCCCUGCUUUCAAUGCCCUACUAUACACUUUUGUGUUUUAAUCUGCAGGAAAUUUGAUUUAAGUGUUUAUAGAAGAAAACUUAUAAGACAUACAGCCCUCUACUGUUUUUGGGCUCAAAAUUUUUAGAGAUUCAAGAUAUAAAUAAGUUUUGAUGCGCCUUGCACAGGCUCGUGUUGUAGGGCGCACAUGUCAAUGUUUACUAUCCUAUUUAAGUUUUGUUUUCAA